CGACGACGACGAUACCAAUCCAACCGCUAACGCACGGCCAAUUUUUAGCUCCAACGUAAAAUAAACACAACACUCGACAAUCAUGGCUCACGAGACAGUUUGGUACUCUCGCCCUCGCUCCUACGGAAAGGGUAGCAGAUCUUGCCGCGUAUGCGCUCACAGGGCCGGUUUGAUCCGUAAGUACGGACUCAACAUCUGCAGACAGUGCUUUAGGGAAAAGUCCACCGAUAUCGGUUUCGUCAAGAUGCGAUAAAUCAUGUCGGUUCGGCGGCUGGGGGCGCGAGGGGGCCCCCGGGGGAGUUUAUAAAAUCUGGGAGCGGUGUUCUCUUUUUUCUCUUUUUCUCCCUAAGUUUCCGUACACAGAAUGUUACCGAAUCAAUGAACGGGAAUGUUUCAACGGGA